AUGAGUCAGAGAAAAUCCAUUAGCGGAAGGCCAUCGGGAACCGACGGCUCUGAUUUCUCCUACCGCAUGGUCGUCGACUCUAGAUAUCAAAAGGUUGCUCAAGGCAAAUCCCGUCUCUCAGCUCUGAUUUUCACUCAGGCUUUCAUUCGAAUUCUGGAAGCAGCAAUUCUAUUUUUGUCUACUCCAAAGGGGGAACCUCUUAAUAGAUUUUGUGUUUCUUCUAGCAUUAUUAGCUUCAUCUCUCUCUUCAUAGGAGAAUUAGGUCGAAAGCGCAGCCGUAGUACCUUGCUGAAGCUGUAUUUGUUUGGGUCAUCAAUUGCUACUGUGAUCUCAGUGGCUUCUCUCAUCAAGAGUGAAAAACUAUUUGAGCUCAUCGAAAGUUUGAGUAAGUGGGAAUCAUCGGCAAUUAAGAUAUUCAAGGUUACUGCUGUUCUAUUUGGUCAGUUUCUCUAA